AAUAAUCCGUGAGAUUGAUAAUAUCGAUAAAUUUCAAUUAUUUCUCACUUUCAUACUCGUCAACACCUCAUUUACUACUCGUCGUUUAUUCACAUUUUACAAAUGAACUGCAGACAAUCAAAGAAAUAUUCUCACAUCUGGGACAACGUCUGUACCGCCGGCACCACUCGUCAUGACCCGUAUUACGUCUGCUACGACACCACCGGCUCCACCAUCUCAACACUGUCAAUUUUGGAAGUUUCACGUGAACAAAUUACCUUAGUGUCGCCACGUGUCAAAUGUCCCCCCAAGCCAAGAGUUGUGGAAAAACCAAAGAAGAGGGAUGUAUACGUUACGAACUGGGAUCGUGCGGCGGCGGAGCAACCGAAAGCGCUUUCUACGUGGAUUUAUCAGCCAUUUGAUAAGAAAAAGUACAACAACCGCACGGCAUCCGAGGCCUUCGACGCCUACCAACACCGCCUGAGACUGAAAAAACUGCCCGAGACGAAGCAAAAAUUCACAAAAACCACCAAAAGACACGUGACUAUUAUCGAAGCGGCGACGGAAGUUGUUCAGGAUAGGUGUCACCCCCAACCGAAGUCCUACCAAAAAAUUCGCAUUUUCAAUCAUCGAGAUGAUGAGGUGAAAAUCGAUAAUUUUUCGGCUCGUCGAGCUCCAAAACUCCGCGACGAUGAUAGUGACGAGCUCAACGUGGAUGUACCAGCUGAAGAUGAUGAUGAUGUGGAACUCGAUGACGUCAUCGUUGCUCAAAAUCCGGCGUUUUACGGCACAAUUGAGGCGGAGAAGUGUGCGGAACGAGUUGCUGCACAUCUUUCGAUGGCCUGUGAGAACAUGGAACGUCUGCAAUUUGUGAGCGAGGCCGUGUAUCCACAGAGUGCUGAUCAUUUGAAGAAACUUCAAGAAAUCGAUGAUGACGUCAAGGAUUUCAAUUGGCAGAUGAGAGAGCGUCGUGUCAAGGCUUCAAAUCCAGCAGGAACAGCCACAAAAGUUGCACACUUCAUUAUCCACGACAAUUGAUUCCUCGACUUCUGUGAAUGAAGAAUUUAUGAAUUGAAUUUUC